AGCAUUUCCCUUCAUCUUGAUUGACUGCAAUUUUCAUCACCAGUUUCAACAACAACACUUUACUCUUUAAGCUUCCAGACAACCAGAAAGCAGGCUUACUCUUGUUUAGUGAACAUUACUUUUAACUUUUUGUUGUGAAUUUAUGGAUUUAAUUACAAUAUUGUUCUACUCAAUUCCACAUUUAUAUUAUUCAAUUGAAUGUGAAUUUAAUCCAUUUGUUUAAGGAGAUAACUGGAGACUCUUUCUGACUGUUUUAGUGUAAACCAAAGCCUUUGGUGACCCCUGAGACUCUCACUCUCUGUUUCUUCCUUUUUCUAGGUUCAUCUGGGUUUCUCCAUUUGUUUGAGUGUCACCUUCCUUUGUUUUUAUAUUCAACUGUGUUCAAUUUGCUUUUUUUAAAUGAUGCUUGAUCAAGGUAUCACUGGAUUAAUCAACUUCGGAAGCCAAUGUUUUGUUAAUGCUGUGUUACAAUCACUCGCUGGUUGCAAAUCAAUUGUAAACUGGCUUCAAUACUCAUCAAAAUUGAAUGAUCAAUGGUUGACUCGGUUACACGCUAUUCAUAGUACAAAUGGUUACACCAAAGAAAACAAAUUAACUUCAUCAUUACUCUCAACCAUCCAAAGUAUUAAUCAACAAAAUAGUCAAAACGCUUCACCUAUUGAUGUUUUAAAUGCGUUGAGGUAUCACCGAUGGAGAAUACCUAAUGAAGAACAGGAUGCUCAUGAAUUGUUCAACGCUCUUACUACUACUUUGGAAAGUGAGCUUUACUCAUCCAUGCCUGUUUACUCUUUAAGAGACGCAAUUAUAGUUGAGGAACUGGUCACUAAUGGCUUUACAAACAAAUCAACGCCUCGGAUAACUACUCGUGGAUCUCAAGAUGCAUUUACAUUGAAUAAUAGAUUUAUUCCUCGUCCUCUACCUACUAAAGGAUUGCUUGCUAGUCAGUUACAAUGUACUCAAUGUGGCUACAAGUAUCCAGUUCACUUGGAAGGUUUCUAUUCAGUUUCUUUGGCAAUGCCAAACUCUUUAAUGACAGGCAUAUCAAGUCUCAAGGAGUGCCUCAACAAAUUUGUCAGCAAUGAGAUCAUUCAAAAUGUCAGAUGUGAAGAGUGUAGUAAAAUUGGUGAAAAUCCUAAUUUCGUGAAACGAUUAACCUUUGCCAAACUGCCACAGAUACUAUGUAUCCAUUUUCAUCGAUUAAUGUGGCAUCCCAAUGGCAUAACAAUCAAAAAAUCAGACCAUGUGACAUUUCCUGAAUAUCUUACAAUGGAUGACUACGUUUACCAAAGACGAACACUAAAAAGUCCUAAAAAGAAUAAUCUCGACCACAUUGGAGGUGCAUUUUUAGGUUCUUACGUGACUCCUUAUCCACAAACAUCGUCACCACUUUGUCAAAAUAUUUUACUGGGACAAAAUGCCAAAAGGCCACUCGGAUCGAAUCAUUCUAAAUACCGUUAUCGUUUAGUUGCUACCAUUGUCCAUAUUGGCGAUUCUCAAUCAGGCCAUUUUGUUACGUAUAGACGCAGUACAGGAAGAGAAGGGCAAUGGUAUCUCACAUCAGACACUGUUGUUCGACCUGCACACUUGACGGAGGUUCUUUCCAAACCAGCUUACAUGCUUUUUUAUGAAAGAUUAAAGGAAUGAUUAUUCAUUCAAAACAAUCAGUUUAGUCAAAAAAAUCCUGACUCUAGAGUUCAAUUGAAAAAAGGAUUACAGAAGUAGAAGACGAGAGUUUAGUUCACAAUUAGAUCUCAAAAAUUUUUCAUCAUUGUAAUGGGUCAUACGUUUUUGCACCAUUUAUAUCAACUUUUCACAUUUUUGCUAUCGUGGAUUGUUACAAUGAUUUUUCAUCGUUUUUCUAGUCUCUUUAAUUCCCUUCUACUCUUCAUAUCAUCAACCUGCUUUUCUUAAAGAAGCUUCAGCUGAAUUUUCCAUCUUUUAUUUAAUAUUAUCUGUGAUAAGUUUGUCACAGACUUUGUAUUACCAAAUACGUUCCUCUGUAACUUUCUGUAAUCUGUUCUUCAUCUGUGUACAAUCACAAUGAUCAUCUUUCCGGGUGAUUUUACUGCAAUUAAAAUCUGUUAUGGAUGGUUUAUCAUCAAAGAAAGUUACAAUUCAAGUUGUAUUCUUCUUUUUACCCCAUAAACAAACUCUCAUCAUACUUAUAAUUCAAUUUCUGAUCAUUUCGUACGGCCAAUGAUCCUAACCCACUAAACCUAAUGAUAAUUUAAUUUGUUUUUAUGCUCUCCCAAUUUUUUAUUGAUGUAAAUGUAAAUUUAACCUUUUAUUAUAUUGUCUUUGAUUUCA